AUGGAGCCCUCUUCUCUGCCCGGCACCACACCUUCGGUGGGCGAACUGAGUGCCGACUUUGCCAAGCAGAAACGCCCCAAGAGCCCUCCGCUCGCCUUCGAGAAGACAUCUAACGACUCUCUCGCCCCUCUCACUGCAUCUCAAUCAUCGCCUCCGGAGGGAGACGCCGACCCUCUGUCUUCUGUCAUGGGCCGCUUCAGUCCGCCGCGGGCAGGCAGCGAGCACGAGUGGCAGGUGGUGGUGGAUCAGCAGGCUGCCGCCAUUCAACUGCUGCACGAUGCAUUCGCAGCUGAGCGACAAUGCUGGAGCCUCGAGAAGGAUCGCCUCUAUCAGAGGAUAGCGAAGCUGGAGAGGCUCUUGCGUGCAGGCGAUGGUUACAGUCCCGCGCGAUCGCCUUCCCUCUCCCCGCUGAAUCUCAGCAACAUCACCUCUCCGCAAUCCAGAGCCUCGACGAACUUGUGUCGCCUGCCGAGCAUCGCCGAAGACGAAGACCCUCCUCCACUCUCUCAAAGACGUCAAAACGCCCCACAGUCCAUCGACAUCUCUUCCGCCAACGCCGCCCCUGGCGAAUCCAGCCCUUCAGUCUCAUUUCAAGAGAACAUCCCAAUUACAGUGGAAGAAAUCCCGCGAUCCCCCAACAGCGACCCUCCACUCUCACCUCCCGCCUUCAUCAAUCGUGUGGCUGCGGGCCAUACUCCACUCCGAGCCCCGAGACCACUCACCCCGCCACCCUUGAACAGCCUGACUUUUGACGGCAUCGAAGACACUCCCACGAGGAACAACACGCACGCCAACACCGGCUUGACGAAGACCAGUAGCGAGGAGGAGGAGAAGGAGUUGAAAGGGCCGCUGAACAUGCCCGAACUACCCAACAAACCCAACGAAACCAACUUUACUCUCGAGGCGCUGAGCAAAAGGUUGGAGCAGAUUGAGAGGAAUCCCGAGGAAGGGAGGCCAAUGGUGUUCCAGGCGCCGAGCCCGGGCGUUGCUUCCCCGACUGCGGAGCGCGAAAGAGGCAGUGAAGCACCGCUCGCCCCGGUCUCAACGUGUAUCCGCGAUUCGUCCGUUUCAGAGCUGUCGUCGAAUGCUCUCAGCUCGGCAGCGCUGUCUCCUCCAUCCAAGGAUACAUCACGCGAGCAGGCGGAGGAAGAUCCCGUUCAAGCAGCGUUUGAAAACGGUGGAAUCAAGUUGAAGAAGAAGGUCAGCACGAAUUUCGGCGCUCCCUUUGGGUCGUUGGGGGGCUUUGGGAGAAAGCCUUCGGUAGACCGGUGA